UCUGAUUGCUAAAUCAAAUCAGCUGACCAAAAAUCUAUCAGCCUUGCUUAAUAUGGAAACUACAGGUGUUGUCCAUUUAAAAAUGCCCUCUAACCCUGUGUGUUACGACUCGUUGUUCAUACUCAUGUGCUCAUCACAAGAGGAUCUGAACACCGUACCAGUGUGGCAGCUGAAGAAAGAAGGCAAGAUAUAUGAAAUAACAACUGGCACAGAGUCUGAGGUGAUGGCAACAACAAGGGGUGCCAACGUUACACUUAGAAAAAUAACAGAACUCUGGAAAGGAGAGUACACAUGUACCUACACACAAGGCUUAACACAAGAAGUCACCAUACUUCACAAAGCCAGCGCUGUAAUGGAUGUUUCCCUCCUGCCAAAGAUUGACAUCACCACAGAACCACAAUUUCCACGUUGUAAACCAAAUACAGAUUUAGUGAAAGUCAGAGUCAUCUGUGAUAUAGAAAAGGAUCAAUUUUGUGUAGCUGAAGGUGACUGGAAAGACACCAAAGCUGGAUACACUGCAGAGAUAAAAUGCAUGAAUGCAACUGGAAAACGACAAAGGAAAUGCACAGCUGGCACUCCAGAGACAUGGGAAAACGAGGUGUCGGCGUGCGUGAACUCGGAUUUGGCCGGUGUGCUGCAAAGUGCAAAUAUCGUUGAUGUUGGACUUGGCUCAUAUGAUACAAAUGCUGCAAAUGUACUUUCCCGCCUUCAGAAUGCCACUAAUAAGACAGAUACCAUCAACACUUUUGCCAAUGUAAAUGCAUCCGUCCAUGUACUCGUCAGUUUGAGUCACAAGUUGCAAAGCAUAAAUAAUGACUCAGCAGUGAAUGAUCUUCUGGAGUCAUCCAGCAAUAUGCUAGAAAGCUCUCUUGAACAAUCUUGGAAGUCUAACCCUAACAAAGACAAUCUUUCAUUGGCAGAGAUAUAUCUGGAUUCUGUUGAGCAACUAAUUGAUGGUACAAGCAUAACAACUGUCAAGAAAAAAACAAAUAUAGAGGUAGCUGCAUGCAGUAAACCAAACUGCACCAACACAGUGUUCAAUGUCUCAGUCAGUCUUGGUAACUCAGAUGCCCAAAAUGUAACAACAGCUGGGUUUAAACAAUUGGAGAACUACUGGCCCACCUCUGAUGACGAGCGCACACCUAACAGCAUUAUUGUGUCAACAACUACUGACAACAAACAACUGGAUUCAGUUGAGCUUCAGAUUGACUUCCAAUUGCUCAAACCAAGGCCUCGCAAUGUUCGAAUAGACUGUGUCGCAUGGGACAACGCCACCAGAACAUGGUCACCACAUGGAUGCAAAUGGCAGGGUUCUUCAAAUGAAGGACGCUGUGUAUGCAACCAUUUGUCAUCAUUUGCCAUUCUAAUGUCAAGGUCUCAAGUGAAGGUCCCUGGGAUUAAUGAGAUGACCUAUGCUGGACUGUCUGUCUCAAUCUUGUCUCUCGCUAUUAGUCUCGUUAUUGAAGUGAUAGUCUGGAGUGCUGUCGUUAAAACAAGUAAUUCACAUGUACGCCAUACUACCCGUGAAGCACUGCUGAAUCAUUUCAAGAAAAAGGCUACUGCAUCCAGCACCGACAGCACCACAAAGUUAGACUCAACUUCGAUGUGA